UUUCUUCUGCUUCUUGAUUGAUUUAAUUAAAAUAUUUUCUUUAACGUGACAGUCAUUUAUUAAUCUUAUUAAAAGAUUUUACAAUUAAUCUGUUUCCAAUUUAUUCCAAUCAAUUGAUUGCAACAAAAUCUCUUCAAAUCAAUCCCUUUAUGGUUAAGACUUGAUCUUUGUUUAUCUUUGCAUGUGUUUACUUUUUCCUCCUCCUUCAUUCAUUGAAUUUAAUUUUUAUUCAUCAUAUUAAUUAAAUGAGUGAUUUAGUCUUUCGUUGGCCUUUGUGAUUGUAUUGAAUCAAUUUGCUUCCUUUCAUUUGUGGACCGGUUAUUUGAUUCUCUAUUUGGAAAAUAUUUUAUUCAUAGAGAGUAUAUAAAAGAACCUGAAUUUGCGGCCAUUUUGUUGACCAUCUCAUUGAUGACAUCAUGCCUCAAGUAGGACGGAAGAAGCCCUUUAGUGCCAAACAAAAGAAGCAACAAUUAAAGGCUAAAAGGGAAAGGAAAAGACGUAAAUCUGAUUCAAGCGACAGUGAUGAUGAGACUUUUGCUAAUCAAGGUGGAGAUGAGAAUUGUCAAGUUGAAGCUGGACAAUUAAAUUCUGAGGGGAUCAUGAGAAUCAAUUACCAGAAGAAAAGUAAUCCAUCUAUUAAUGCAAAUCGAUAUGCUCUUACCUUUUAUCGUGAAACUGAUGCGGAAAUAGAAGAGAGAAAGUCUCAAUCAAGGUUACCCAUCAAAAUGGCCUCUCCCGACGAGCUUGAGAUUGAAGAACAAGAAAUUUUCUUAUCCGAUGAUUUGGCCUUUCCCAAAAGGCCAGUUCGAGACUACAACCUGACCAAAGAAGAGUUGGACACAAUUGAAUUUGAAUAUUUUCGCAAAUAUUUGGAAAAACUGGAAACUCAAUUUGGUUCCCUUUCCAAGUUGAGUUAUUUCGAAAUGAAUUUGGAAACAUGGAGACAAUUGUGGCGAGUAAUCGAGAUGUCGGAUGUCGUUCUAACCAUUGCUGACAUAAAACAUCCAACUUAUCAUUUUCCACCUUCUCUGUACAAUUAUGUGGUUCAUGAGCUGAACAAAGAGAUGAUUCUGGUUCUUAACAAGGUCGAUCUGGUUGAAGCUCCUUUGGUUCUCGCUUGGUUACAUUAUUUUCAAGUCAAAUUUCCAAAACUUCAUGUUAUUCCGUUCGCGUCUUAUGCUGGAAUGAAGGUGAAAGAACGGGGUAAACAUAAAGGUCGUCGAUAUGGUAAAUUCAAAAUGGCCGCUGAAGGGUCAAGAAGAUUACUUAAAGUUUUACAAGAUAUUGUUGGUGAUAAAGUUGACCUGGCAAGUUGGUCAAACAAAAUUGAUGAUGAGCUUCUAAGUGAAGAGAGACGAAACUCAGAACUGGAUUCUGACGAUGAAGCAGUCGAGGAAGAGUUGAGUGCUUUUCAAAUCGCAACAAAUGUCAAUGUCGAUCAUUCAGAUUAUCGUUACUAUGAAUGGAAAAAAUAUGAAUCUGGAGUACUAACCAUCGGAAUGGUUGGACAUCCAAAUGUCGGUAAAAGCUCCCUGAUGAAUGCAAUUAUGGGCAAAAAGGUGGUCAGUGUCUCACGAACUCCAGGACACACUAAACACUUUCAGACCAUUUAUCUUACCGAUAAUGUUAAACUGUGUGAUUGUCCUGGUCUGGUUUUUCCAAGUCGAGCACCGAAACAAAUGCAAGUGCUGAUGGGGUGUUUUCCAGUAUCACAAUUGCGUGAACCUUAUUCAGUCAUUCAGUUUUUAGCUGCGAGAAUCAAUAUCCCGAUGAUAUUGAGAUUGAAGAAAAUUGACCCCGAAUCGUCUGGUCAACACUGGACAGCCUUCGAUAUCUGUGAAUCUUGGGCUGUACUUCGAGGCUAUCAAACCGCUAAAACCGGUCGACCUGAUGUCUAUCGAGCUGCUAAUCACUUGUUAAGAUUAACCUUAGACGGUCGAACCUUGUGCCUGACCUUCUAUCCACCCAAUUAUUUUAAAAAUCGUGAAAAUUUCGUUAAAGAUGCCGACGUUAGUAGAAUCCGGUUUAUUCAAUGUGAAACGAGUGGUGAUGUUAAUCAGAAAGGAUCUGAAGGUGGAGAUGAAAAAGGAACCAGUGAUGAAGAUUCUAGUGAAGAGACGGAAGAUGGAGAAAGACGAUCAUCGCUCCUACGAACAACUAAUCGAUUCGCUCUUCUUAAUGAUGAAGAUUGAUAGUUAAUUAUACAAUUUACUGAAUGCAACGAACCAACGAUUCAUCAACCCAAUGCAUUUAUCAAAAUGCUUCUUCCAGUCUACAUGUGUUCAAAUUAGCCUUCGCUUAGCCAUCGCUUAGCUUGUCUGGAAUCUUUAAAACAACAAUCAUAUGAUAAAAUUUAUAUUUAACCUUUGACCCAAUUUCUAAACCAGUUAAUUAAUGAAUCAACAUGAUAGUAUUCAAAUGAAAUCUGAAGAGAAAAAGUCUAACAUGUAUAAUGAUCUCGUAAAAAGAUUCACCUUUUGAGCCAUGUAACCAUUCAUACGAAUGUUAAACAAAGUAUUUUAUUGAUAAAAAUGUAACCUUUAAAUCGUAA